UAUUAUCACCAUAAAAAUAAAAAUAAAAAUUUCAGCUUGUCACAUGCACAAAAUUAUUUUAUUUCUUGCACUAUGCAGCAACAACAACCACAUUUCUGUUUCUACUUUUUUGAAAAAAAAAGAUACCAAAAUCUAAAAAGAUAGCUGCAUUUGCUAAAAAUUUAAUGGAGUUGAAUGUUUUCACACUUCAAUCCCUAGUUGUAUCAACUGCGCUAAUUCUUCUGUCAAACUCAACAACACUCGGCUACAAAGACUGCAAUUUUCCCGCCAUUUUCAACUUCGGCGACUCAAAUUCCGACACCGGCGGCCUAUCGGCGGCGUUCGGCCAAGCUCCUCCACCCAACGGAGCCACAUUCUUCCACUCCCCGUCCGGCCGCUACUGCGACGGCCGUCUCCUAAUCGAUUUCAUAGCUGAAAGUGUGGGAUUGCCUUAUCUGAGUGCGUUUCUGGAUUCGAUUGGAGCGAAUUUCAGGCAUGGGUGUAAUUUCGCGACGGCUGGAUCGACGAUCAGGCGCCAGAACACAACCAUUUGGCAGAGUGGGUACAGCCCCAUCUCCCUCGAUGUUCAACACCUCCAAUUCUCGGAUUUUCUAACCAGAUCACAAAUUUUUCGAAGAAAAGGGUUGUUUCAGAAGGUGUUGCCGGAGGAGGAUGAUUUCUCCCGAGCUUUAUACACCUUCGACAUAGGCCAGAACGAUCUCACUGCUGGUUACAAACUCAACUUGUCGACUGAAGAAGUUAAGGCUUAUGUUCCUGAUGUAUUAGGCCAAUUAUCAGAUGUAAUUAAGCUAAUUUACAGCCAAGGGGGAAGAACAUUCUGGAUACACAACACGGGGACCGUUGGUUGCUUGCCGUAUGUCAUGGACAGGUUCUUGGUCACUGCAGCACAGGUUGACAGAAAUGGCUGCUCGGCUCCAUACAACGACGUCUCACAGCAUUUCAACCUCAGACUGAAGGAGCUCGUCUUGCAGCUGAGGGACGAGCUCCCUGCAGCUGCAAUCACGUAUGUGGAUGUCUACACGGUUAAGUACUCUCUCAUCAGCCAAGCAAAGAAACUAGGAUUCGAGAAUCCAUUCGUUGCUUGCUGCGGCCAUGGAGGGAAAUACAACUACAAUAGGUUCAUCAAAUGUGGGAGCAAGAAGGUCAUCAAUGGAACAGAGACUGUUCUUGCUGUUUCUUGCAGGAAUCCCUCGACGAGGAUCAGCUGGGACGGGACACACUUCACCGAGGCAGCAAACGGGUGGAUCUUCGAUCAGGUUGUUUCUGGUGUGUUUUCGGACCCUCCCGUCCCGUUGAAGUUUUCUUGUAAUAAGAUGAGCAGCUCACAUAAGUAAGUAGCUGUGAAUAUCAUGUCCUCAGACACAGAUCUUCACACAUUGUUUCACAAUGAAUAAAAUUCCACAUUGCUUGCA